UGCAGUUCUAUUUGGGAAGUUGGCAGCUCGAGGCAGAGGGGCUUUACUCUCGCGACUCUGGAAUUAUGAACAGCGCUGGUCCGACCAGCAUCUUUUUUUGAACAUUAUUCCCACAGAUCUGAGACUAUGGAGUUCGGGACCCGCAUUUUCAUCGCAUUCCUCGUUUCCCAGUUUCAGGUUGUAUGCACUGGAUCACAGGAAGAGGAAGAGAAGGCUGAAUGUGUACCGGGAUUUCAGGAGAAGGAGUACCAGGUGGACUACAGUGGAGAGUUCCUCAAAGACAUUCCUCUGCUGCAAGUGGUGUUUGAAGACUGCGCUGGAAAUGAGGGUGUGGAGUUUGAAGUAUCAAACCCUGACUUCCUAAUAGACGAGAAAUUGAAUCUGGUUCCCAGAAGAGACGUGAUCGACAGCGGAGAUGUCAUGUUUGUCCAUGGUGUCAACAAUCAUGUCGAUGACAUGGCACAGGUGACCAUUAUGGGAGCACCUUCCAGAUCUCCUCAGACACUCAGGGAGAUCCUGGGUCUGUCAGACAUGAUGCCAUACCGAUCCAAAAGAUCCCUGCUGGUGCCCCCCAUGUUUGUUCCAGAGAACCAGCGGGCCCCCUUCCCAAGGUUAAUUGGAAAGUCGCAUGUGAUCUCAUCUGACAUGAAGGAAGACCACAUCUUCCGUCUGACAGGAAGGGGAGCAGACCAAGACCCUAAGGGUGUGUUCAGCAUCAACCGACUGACGGGAGAUGUGGCAGUUAGCCGAGCCCUGGACCGAGAGGCCAUCGCAUACUACCAUCCAGCGAGCGGCUCAGUGAAGGAAAGCCGAAUGCUGUACAGGAUGUGGGACUCCAGUUAGGCAGUUAUUCUACAAAACGUG